UGAAACGGGGACRUCCGAGCAGGACGUGAGACAAAAAGUCUGCGGGAUUUUGGAGGAAAUGUCUCAAAAUCUGCAGCUGCGCUUCAUCAGGCUGAUGGGCUACACAGUGUUGAAAGUGUUCAAGAGAGUUUUCAGUGCCAUUUAUGUCAACAUGGAAGGACUCAGCGCGCUCCAACAAGCCGCUCAGGAGCAUCCGGUGAUCYUGAUGCCCAAUCACAGGAGCUACAUCGACUUCCUGGUCGUCUCCUACAUUUUGUUCAGCUACGACAUCCCUGUGCCUGUCAUCGCUGCGGGAAUUCCUCUUGCAGGGAUGAAGAUCGUCGGGGAGAUACUGCGACGCUCCGGAGCRUUUUUUAUCCGACGUGCCAUCGGUUCUGACAGACUCUACUGGGCCGUGCUGUCAGAAUACGUUAGAACUAUUGUCAGAAAAGGAUUUGCUCCUCUAGAGUUUUAUGUGGAGGGAUUCAGAAGUCGAACGCUGAAAUCCGUCCCACCAAAGUUAGGUAUGAUGCACAUGGUGCUGGAGCCCUUCUUUAAAGGGGAGGUGUACGACGUCACGUUGUUGCCCAUCAGUAUCAGCUACGACCGAGUACUGGAGGAGUCGCUGCUCACACGCGAGUUGCUGGGAAUCCCCAAGCCCAGAGAAAGCACCUCGGGUUUGCUGAAGGCCAGCAGAGUUCUGCAGGAGAAUUACGGCAGCAUGCACGUGAACUUUGGUCGUCCCUUGUCGGUCCGACAGCUGUGUGAGGGCAAGAUAAACCGCAGCCAGUACAACCUCAGACCCAGGGAUCUUCCUCAGAAGCCCGGUCCGGAAGAGCAGGCCUGUGUGAGCUGGCUGGCUCACCUGAUGGUCCGGAUCCAGGAGGAAGGCUCUCUGAUCAGCCCCUGGUCCCUGAUGUCCUGCCUGCUGGUCCAAGUCCCCCCCUCAGUCUUAAUCGAGGAGGGCCUGCUGUGGCACCAGCUCACAGAAAAAACCCUCUGGCUCAAGAAGCUGGCGCUGGACUUUGGAGCUCAUCUAAACUGGCCUGAACACCUCCCCGAUUCCGACGUGCUGUCCUCCGCCGCGGCGCUUCAUCGCUCCGUCCUCCAUCGCAAAGCGGGGCGCGUCCACCUGGUUCUGGAGGGGGAACCCGAGCGAACGCGUCCGGUUGGCCCGGAGGAGGGCGUGACGAGGACGGCGGUCGCGGCUCUGAUGCUGGCUGCGUAUCGCAACCAGUCCCUGCACGUUUUCACGCGUCCAGCCUUGCUGGCGACGGCCGUGAGCGUCACAAAAAGCACGCAGAGAGAUGAGCUCCAGGCCUACUUCUGCUUCCUGCAGGAUGUUUUUUCAAACGAGUUCAUUUUCGUUCCUGGCAGAUCAUCUCAGGUAACACCCGCGUCAGCCCUGAGCUCAGUCUAACAUUUCUUUAUUUUUUUUCUGAAUCAAAUAUUACUUUUAACUCCUUUUUUCUCACAGCUCCACCCCAGCACAAAUGAUCAGUUACCAGCUGCGCUUUACUACAAACAACUCAUUGAGUUUCAGUAACGUGGUACAUUUAAAGUGGGGGGUGUUAUGUAUUUGUAACCUCCUACCAUUUCUGACAUUCCCACUCAA